AUGGCGUCAGUGUGGAUGGUGAUGUCUUUGGCGUUUUCGUUACUCCUAACACCGUUUCUUAUGUUUUUGCUUGCCAUUAUAUUUCUGGCCUCAAUCGGAAAGUCACUCGGCGUUAGAAGGCUCUACAUAAAACUGCUGUUGGCACUUUUCGAGUACGGCAGACAAAACAUCGAGAAUGUCAAGAAGAGGAACGGUACAUGGAAUCGGGAUAACGACAACGCGGACGAGGAACACCAGCCGCUCGUCGAGAAGCAAAAUGCACAGAAUUCGGCGGGUACCACCGAGCAGAAGCAUCAAAACGGUGUUCUCGGGAACAGCGUGAUAGACAGAUCGAAAGAACUGAUCCUGGUGCCGGAGCCGGAGAUGCAGAAUCACAGGAAUCAUCUGGAGGAAUUGAAGGCAGAUAAAUCGGAAACGACUGCAACCGGUAAAAAUGAGGUGAUUCUCUUGACCCUAUCUGUUAAUCAUUUGCCAACGAGUACCUUUCAAGCUGUCAUACGAUCAAUCGUGUUUCAGAAUCUGAUCUGUCGUGAUUCUUUCGAAACGCUGAAGAAAGAAUUCGAGCCUACGAUCUGUCUGGAGUACAUCAAAGCCGGCGUAGAAGCUAUAAUCGAAGACGAAGUAACGUCUCGUUUCGAAGCGGAAGAACUUAAGAACUGGAAUCUGUUAACACGAACCAACAGACACUACGAAUUUAUUUCUUGGAAGUUAACUGUGAUAUGGAUGUUCGGAUUUUUUAUGCGAUAUUGCUUCCUUCUACCAUUGAGGAUAUUCAUUUGCUUUAUUGGGGUACAGUACCUUAUUGUUGCGACAUUUUGUAUUGGCUUACUAUCAAACGGCUUUCUAAAGAAAUGGGUAUACAGAACGACUAGCCUGAUCGCGUUCAGGCUAAUAGCUCAAUCUUUGUCGGCUAUAAUUACAAUCCAUAAUCCGGAGUACAAACCGAAAACUGGAGGAGUGUGUGUGUCGAAUCACACUUCCACAAUCGAUGUGUGCAUCUUAUCCACACAGACAACAUUCUCUUUGAUAGGUCAAAGGCACGGUGGGUUUUUGGGGAUUCUACAACGAGCGUUAGCACGCGCCUCUCCCCAUAUAUGGUUCGAAAGAUCCGAAGUUAAAGACAGGGAAGCGGUAGCGAAAAGGUUGAAAAAACAUGUGUCUGAUCCUACAAACCCCCCAAUUCUCAUUUUCCCGGAAGGAACAUGUAUAAAUAACACGUCAGUCAUGCAGUUUAAAAAAGGCAGCUUUGAUGUUGGUGGUGUAAUUUAUCCUGUUGCAAUAAAGUAUGAUCCAAGAUUUGGUGAUGCUUUCUGGAAUAGUAGUCGAUAUUCGAUGAUACAGUACUUGUACAUGACUAUGUCGAGUUGGGCCAUAGUUUGCGACGUUUGGUAUCUUCCUCCAAUGUACAGAAACGAAGGAGAGAGCGCUAUCGAUUUCGCAAAUAGAGUAAAGUCGGUGAUAGCAAGACAGGGAGGAUUGGUUGACUUACAAUGGGACGGUCAACUUAAGAGAAUGAAGCCAAAAAAAGAAUGGAGAGAAAAGCAACAAGAAGAAAUUAGUAAACGACUUAAAGUCGAAUGAAUCGAGUCAUCUCUAGUCGCACCUUCACGAUCGAUAUAACGUGUGAUAUUUUGCUUAAACGAGACCAUUUCACUCGAUGUGCUGUUCUGUAUUUUCUGUGGAUACCUGUUUGC